AUGGAGAGUCGACAAAAGGUCGGAGGGGAGAGGAUUUUGCUUUCCCCGAAGCCGCAACGCCAAAUUCAGGUUCAACUCUCCAGCGACCAGCAAAGCUCCCAUCAAUUCCCCUUCGCUGUCCAUUCGUCCAUUCUUCUGUCGAGGCUUUUUUUCUUCCACCGCGCCCUCUCCACCGUCAUAAUGCUCCGUUCCGCGAUUGUCCGCUCAUUGAGGGCCUCUGUGCCCCGUGCCGUCAAGCCCCAGGCUGCUUUCCAGAUCCGCAGCUCUCCUGUGGCUCGCCCUGCUCAAUUCGCUCCUCGAUUCGCCUUCCAGGCUGUUCGUUUCUACUCCGCCCCUGCCGGCCUGGGCAAGGACGAGGUUGAGGGCCGGAUAGUCAACCUCUUGAAGAACUUUGACAAGGUUACCGAUGCUAGCAAGAUCAACGCUGCAUCUCACUUCUCGAACGACCUCGGACUUGACAGCCUGGAUACCGUUGAGGUUGUGAUGGCUAUUGAAGAGGAAUUCAGCAUUGAGAUCCCCGACAAGGAGGCCGACACCAUCCACAGCGUUGACAAGGCUGUUGAGUACAUCCUUGCUCAGCCCGAUGCUCACUAA